AUGUCAAUUUCCCAAGAAUCUGAUAUUUAUUCGGGUUUCUAUUUACCGCAUCAUGCUGUUAUCAAAGCUGAUAGCACUACCACGAAAACCCGAGUAGUUUUCGAUGGCUCUUGCAAAACUUCGACAGGAAUAUCUUUAAACGAUACCCUAAUGGUUGGACCUAAAUUACAAGACGAUCUUUUUGUCAUUCUAGUUCGAUAUCGAUCCCAUAUUUACGCCCUUACUGCUGAUAUAGAAAAAAUGUAUCGACAAAUACUUGUUCAUCCUGACGAUGUCAAGUAUCAAAAAAUUCUAUUUCGAGAAAGCAGGGACGAAACCAUCAAAUUUUAUACUUCGAAUACCGUAACCUAUGGAACUUCUGCUGGUUCAUACCUUGCAAUUAAAUCCCUACAGCAAUUAGGAAAAGACGAACGCGAAUCUUAUCCCAAUGCUUCUGUAGUAUUGCAAAAUGAUUUUUACGUAGACGAUCUUCUGUCGGGAGCUGAAACUUUACCUAAAGCAAAGGCUCUUCGUAAUGAAUUAAAUGCUUUAUUAGCAAAAGGAGGCUUCCACCUUCGCAAAUGGGCCUCUAAUCAUCCCUCUCUCUCUGAUAAUGCUUCAAAUUGUGGAGGAAGUAUGAGCAAAUCUCUCGAUUCUGAUACUACUAGUAAAACACUGGGAAUUCACUGGAGACCAUCCAGUGACACUCUAUGUUACUCCGUAAAAAUAUCCGAUUCCAAGGCAACCAAGCGGGCAAUCUUGUUAGAAAGUGCUAAAUUGUUCGAUCCGCUAGGUUUGCUAGGUCCAGUUAUAGUAUAUGCAAAAAUCAUGAUGCAGUUAUGCUGGAAAUCCGGAAUUACUUGGGAUGAAUCUGUUCCUCAGGAAAUUCAUAAUACCUGGGAAUUAUAUAAAUCACAAUUGCCCGUAUUGGAGACAUUAAGAUUCACGCGAUGCCUUUUAGUAGAGAAUGCAAGUAAUCUGCAAAUUCACGGAUUCUGUGAUGCCAGUGAAAAGGCAUAUGGCGCCUGUAUUUAUUUGCGAUCUACUAGUCCCAACGGCAAGGUCUAUACACGAUUAAUAUGCUCCAAAUCUCGUGUCGCACCAGUUAAUUCUGUGAGUCUGCCUCGCUUAGAGCUAUGCGGUGCACUUCUCUUAUCAACUUUAUACAAUGCAGUCCGUGAAUCAUUUACUCUUCAAAUCGGAGACACAUAUUUAUGGUGCGAUUCCACGAUAUCUCUGCAUUGGAUUCAUACCGCACCUUAUCGUCUCAAAACCUUUGUAUCAAAUCGAGUCGCAAAAAUUCAAAAAAGGACUGUAAACUGUCACUGGUGGCAUAUACCCUCUGCAGAUAAUCCUGCUGACUUCGUAUCUCGCGGUCAACUUCCCGCUGAAUUCGCCGUAAAUGCAAUGUGGCAAACUGGGCCCUCUUGGUUGACUUCACCUGAGCAAGCUUGGCCCAGGUCCUUACUACCAGAUAUCACUAUCCCCGAGCUUAAAUCUCCUUCGAAUGAUUCUAUGCAGUGCAUGCAAAUCACAUUAGACAAGUUCGAUAUAUUACACAGAUACAGCUCCAUGAGAACCUUACAACGUGUAGUAGCUUAUAAUACUAGAUUUUUGCAUAACCUAAAAAACAAAAAUCAACGAAUAACUGGUAACUUGACUGCUCAAGAACUCAAGAGUUCCCUAACACUAAUUAUAAAAUUAACUCAAUCUACGGGCUUUCUUAAGGAAAUGAAUUGUUUAAAAUCGAAAAAAUCCUUGCCCGAUAAUAGCAACUUGCUUCAACUAUCCCCGUAUUUAGAUGAUCUUGGUAUAAUGCGUGUCGGAGGUCAACUUUCUCUACCUUCAUUGCAUAAUUACCAGCAGCAUCCCAUGCUACUUCCUUCUAAUCACUUUAUCACUACUUUAAUAGUGCGAGAAGAACACGCUCGCUUAAUGCAUGCCGGGGCUCAAGCUACUCUAUACUCUGUUCGUCAAAAUUAUUGGCCCAUAAAUAGUCGAAAUACUGUACGAAAGAUAUUGCAUCAGUGCGGUCGUUGUUUUCGCGCAAAGCCGCGUCUUGCCGAUUACAGCUCUGGCCUUCUGCCCAAAUGCAGAAUUGAGCAAUGCCGUCCAUUUUUAAAGACUGGAAUUGAUUUUUGUGGUCCUUUGUUUAUCAAGGAAAAACGAUUCCGUAAUCGUAACAAAGUCAGAGUAUAUGUAGCUGUUUUUGUAUUUAUGGUCACCAAGGCCGUACAUUUAGAGUUAGUUUGUGACUUCACUAGCGAAGCCUUUAUUGCGAGUUUAAGGCGCUUUUUUGCCAGGUGCGGGAAAUCCGCGGAAAUACACUCCAAUAACGGUACCAAUUUUGUUGGCGCUUGCCGAGAAAUUCGAGAAUUUUUUAACUCUUCUGAAUACCAAAUUGCUCUCGGAAAAUUUCUUAACGACGAACGCAUAACUUGGCAUUUUAUACCUCCCAGAGCUCCUUACUUUGGAGGACUUUGGGAAGCUGCGGUUAAAUAA